GGAGUUGUAACGAAGACUCCGUUUCGAAAACUGGUGGUGCACUCGCGAAAAUUCGCCCCGCCGAUCGGCAGACGAUUCGACCAUGCUGCGCAUCGCCCUUUUGACGUUGACAUUGACGUGGAUAAGCGGCGCCCGCGCGGUGACCAUCAUCGUGGAGCCCGAGGGCCCCAUCGGCGACGACGGGUUCACCUUGCAGUGCCACAAGAAGAACUACACUUACAUGGUGACCCAGUCGGACGAGAACGGGAAGCAGUGCUGGGAUAAGAUCUCCGUCAGCGCCUGCUGGGGUCGCUGCGACUCCAACGAGAUAUCGGACUGGCGGUUCCCCUACAAGAAGUCCAACCACCCGGUGUGCGUGCACUACGGCAGGACGAAGAUGUUCGUGAAGCUGCGGUACUGCGAAGAGGGCGUCGUCGAGGGCACCGACUACUACGAGUACCUGGACGCGAGCGAGUGCAAGUGCCAGGUGUGCUCGUCGACUGACACCAGCUGCGAGGGGGUGCGGUACCGGCCCCACCGGUCGCACCCCUACAACCUGGGGUUCGUCUGAACCGGCGGCGAAGGGAUGGAUUUUUUUGUUGAUUUCAUCGCUGUUUGCCUCUCUAUUAUAGUUGAGACUCGUGUAAAUUUUAACGAUUUUAACUCUUUGAUUUACUCCGAUUGAGAAAGUUGUAUGUAUA